AUGGGAUGUGUAUACAUGGGUAUAUUCCUCUUCGCGCUAGUUUUGUACCUGCAAGCGGGCUCGGACCGAUCAGAUUUUUUCAAGACUUCUCGAGAAUGCAUGCUAGCUAAUGUCGAUGCCAAUUCCAAUAAUCUGGAAAAGCAAUGGACAAAUUUCCCAUAUUAUGUGAACAAAUGCACCCCGCAAAGUCGUCUACCCGUUCAAGGUUUCUCAAAUACAGACGAAUUGAAAUAUCACGUUAUGCCUAGAGCAUAUAUUUCAAACUCUCGUGACUGCACGAUUAUCUCAUUGGGUAUUGGUAAGGACGUCGAAGCAGAGAAGUCGAUGCGGGCAGCGAUGCCAAACUGUCAAUUUUGGGGUGCAGAUCCAGUAAAUGACACUAACGCUGAUAUCUUUCCAGAGGUAGGUCUUUUUUCGUUUCUUCUAUAG